AUGCCUUUAAGGACUAUAAGAGUAAUAACGAAGUUAAUUAGGAUUACAUCAGGGUCAUUACAAAGUGUUGCAAAACAAUGUAUUAAAGAUAUUUAUAGAGAUAGCAUUAAAGCAAUUAAAUCUAUACAUUUUGGAAACAAAAUGACUCUUGGAGAAGCAAACAAGAUUCUAGGUACCGAAUUUGGAAAGAAGUACACUGUAGAAGAUAUACAAAUGAUUACAAGAAGAAUGCUUGAACUAAAUAAGGCAAGUGGAAAUUAUAGAGGAUCUCCUUAUAUACAAGAAAAACUAGUAGUAGCUGAAAAGCUUAUGCUAGACCAAAUAAUCAAGAACCCAAAAAUUUAA